CAUUUUAGUUCGACUUGCUUAAAGUAAUUGUUCAAAACUGCUUACAACUUUUAUCAUGAAAAUUUGGAUUGUUCUCGUCUUAUUCAUUGCCAGCACUGCAAAUGCUGGAGUUCUUCAAGACCUCUUCCAAAGGUUGGAUCUUGACACAUUGACGUUGCAGGAGCUUCAAUAUGGGCUUACCCAGGCAAGAAGCAUUAUUGCCGAAAAUGGAGCUGAACUUUUGGACGAAAUUGAUGGCAUCCGUAGUGACCUUGCAGCUCUUUUGGCAGCAACUGAUUCAGGUUUAGAGCAAGUUGGAGUAACUGCAGCUGGAAAUGGAAACGUCAAUCAAGCUUUAAGAGAAGUUCGUAGAAUUGCUAGAGCCUUGAACCAAGGUGUGAAAGCUUUGUUCCAACGUGCAAAGGGAUUGAGACGAUUCCGUCAAGAGGUAAUUGACGACAUUGUCGCACUUGCUGAACAAAGACAAGAUUAAUUUCAUCGCAUGAUUGACAUAGUUUGUACCACUCUCAAACUAACUAAAAAGGAGACAAUUUGUAUCUUUAUUGUAAUCAAUAAAAUUCAAAAAAUAAAAAUGAACAUUCAAUCUUCUAAGC